GUUAAUGGAAGAAGACGCGAUGAUUGUGGGAGUGUGAGAUGCGCGCGAGGCUGGUCUGUACGGAUUAAUGGAGUUUUAAACGGGAUGACGCUUUAAACCGAAUUGUGGGAACCGAUUUCCUCGAUACAGGGACAGGAGCUUACGUUUUGCAGGAUGGGUAAUUAUGCUGGCAAGGAACGCCAUGGGUCCCCAGUUUCUCCCACUGACCCAUUCCAGACUCCGCCCGGCUCUCCCCUCAUGCUCAUUUUACCCCCCAAAACACACCCUCUCUCCAGCACUGACCACUCUAACCCCUCCCUCACGCCUGAUGGGACAUUCUGCCCUGUGAUUGGCCCUGGCGACUGUCCGUCAUCAGAAAAAGUAACAAGUGAAAAGCUCAAGACCCCUGUGUCCCCCAACAAGACUAACAGCCCUCCCAUAAGCCCAUGCAGACAACUGAGUCUGCAGGACAGCAAGGAGAGUACCACUGAAACCACGCCCACAUCAACAUCACCCACCGCAGCCACGCCCACACCAGCCUCACCUGUGGUGUCUUCUCUCACAGUCGGCAGGGUGUGUGAAGGGGUGAUAGAGCCGGAGCUUCUGCAGGAGUGUGUGCUCGCUUUGGGCGUCAACUGUACGGAGGAGCAUUCACACACACUCACAGAUCUGUUGAGAUGUUUCCUGACAGAAAGAACACAGAUGAAGAAGGAGAUAAGGAGUCUGAAAGAAAAAAUGGAGACAGAGCGCAGCGAGUGGCUGCAGUUCCAGUCCGACCUGCAGGUAGCGCUGGUGGUGGCAGACAGACUGAGAGCGGAGGCGGAGGAGGAAUUAAGCAUGCUCAGGGAGGCGCAGCAGGACUGGGAGAGGCAGCUGGCCGACACUCAGAAGGGCCAGAAAGAGGUGGAGGUGCAGAUGGAGCGGCUAAAAGCGGAGCUGGAGCAGAGUAGGCAGAAGAAGAGCCAAGGGAAGGACACUCUCGGCCAACAGGGGGCGCUGCCUCCAUCCCGGGGCAGAGAAAGAGGACCGGCAGAUGGGGGCGUGAGGAGCACUGGGACAGGGGGGAGAUGGAAAGAAGAGAGAGGGAGAGGAGAGAAAGAAACAGAUACUACAGAAAGAUCACGAAGCCUGUCCCGACUUCCCUCAGACCCCCCCAGCACUGUGCUGAAUGGUACAUCCCAGACCUCCAUAAAGUUUACUACAAAACCAGUCAGUAAGAAUAACAACCCAGCCAGAGAGAGACUGAUCUUAGACCAGCAGGACAACCUGAUCAAUUCAUAUAAAGAUAAAAAGGAUGGGAAUUUAUCACAUUUGUCGAGUUCUCCUCUUAUAGAUCUUCCCCUGAAUAAGACCGGCAGGACGACGCCUCUAGAGGACUUCAGUAAGCUGGUGCGGCGGCAUGGGGGCUCCAAGAGGAACUCACUACUGCGCUGGUGCCAGAACCGAACCAUCGGAUACUCGAAUAUUGAGAUCACUAACUUCAGCAGCAGCUGGGUGGAUGGUUUGGCCUUCUGUGCAGUUUACCAUACCUACCUCCCUUCACAUAUACCAUAUAACACGCUCAGUCCUGAGAACAAGAAAGAAAACCUCUUACUGGCAUUUCAGACGGGACAGAGUGUGGGAAUCACUAACUCACUGACAGUGGAGGAGAUGCUGAAAGCCGAAGGUCCCGACUGGCAGAGAGUCCUGGGGUACGUGGAGAACAUAUACCGGCAUUUUGAGAUGUGAUGCCUCCUACUGGAUACCCACCAUAUUUGCCUUUCACCACUUUUGGACCCCUGCAGGUUUGACAGACACUCCAGCUACCAUCUAAGUGGUUUCAGACUGGAGUAAAGUCCGUCAAUAUUCAAUAUUUUUACUUUCUUUAAACUUGAACUUGAAACCAACACUCUACAGCCCAGGACUGCUCAGUUCCCAGUCAAGCUGAGGCACAGGGAACUGGUUACACACCUGCUUUCCUUUUUAUACAGAACAUCUACCCAGAACACUUAUUAAGGGAAUUUAGCACCAGUUCCGCAAACUUCAAGACCUUCAGCUUGAAAAUGGACAAACAUGGUCCAUUACUGUGGACCACUGCAACUGCCACUGUUUCGUUGCCAUAUGGCGCCCUCUGCUGGUCACAGUUUGAAUGUACUGAAAGACACUGAAAGAAUGUUGUAGUCAAAAAAUAUUGUUGUUACUAAAAUACAGCUCUGGAAAACAUUAAGAGAUUAAAAUGAUGAGUUUCGUUGAUUUUACCAAAUUGAAAAUAUCUGGAAUAUAAUCAAGAGGACGAUGAAUGAUCAUAACCCAUCAAACCAAGCUGAACUGCCUGAAUGUUUGCACCAGGAGUGUCAUAAAGGUAUCCAAAAGCAGUGUGUAAGACUGGUGGAGGAGAACAGGCCAAGAUGCAUGAAAACUGUGAUUAUUGCAUUAAAUAUGAAUUUCUGAACACUUAACUUUAUAAAUAUGAACUUCUUUCCUUAGCAUUAUUAGAGGCCUGACAGCUCUUCAACAUUUUGUGAAAAUGAAAAAAAAAAUAUUGUCCAUAGUUUAUAGAAUACAACAAUAAUGUUCAGAAACUAAAGUGGUCUCUUAAUUUUUUCCAGAGCUGUAUGUGAAAAUGAACAGCCAUCAUUACUGAAAUUAUGCAAGGGUAAUGUUGAUAAUUAGUGCAUAUCUGACACUCUUUGGUUGUUAGCCCCAAGAAUGUUUUGUCACUCUAUUCCUGAUGAAGCAGUGUGUGUGAGGCAACUUAAUUUAACUUGAGGUAAAAAAGUUUUGCCCUUUACAGCAAAGCAGCAAUAAUGAUGAUUUCCAUUUACUUCUGAUGUAAGGGCUGAAAAUAAAUGUGCACACUAGUUGACAGUG